AUGGCCUCUAUACCAUCCCAGGCAAAGUCAAAGCAGCUCCGUGCUUGUUUGCUAUGUUCAAUUGUUCAGCAUCCAAUGGAUUUCAGAAAAAAUGGCUGUCCAAAUUGUGAAGAACUGAUGCAGAUGAAAGGCUCCCCCGACCGAAUAGGUGUCUGCACAACUACAUACUUCGACGGAAUCAUUGCUGUCAUUGAUCCAGAGUCGAGUUGGGUGGCGCGGUGGCAGAGAACAUCAAAAUAUGUCCGAGGUAUGUACGCUGCCCGCGUCAAGGGACGCAUUCCAGAAGAUGUCGAGGCAGAGCUCGAGAGUCGCGGUAUAAAGUACCGUCCACGAGACCAGACGGACCAAGAUUGA